AUGGCUGGCCACUCAAUUCUGCAUCGAAAGCUCUCUGCGCGGCAAUCACCGAGAUCGCGGAGAAUGGUUGAUGAUCCAUUACCGGCGGAUGAAGCUCUUCUGAACGUGGAUCUCACACCAAGUAUCGUCAAAAGAGAGCCGCAGGUUGCAACAGCCUCAUCAGCCAUUACGUCUAAGUCUUGUGCGCCAGAUGACUCGAGCUCAAUAUGCGAGAAGCCUGUGAGCGGCUCCAGCAAUACCACUUUGCCGAUCGCACUCGGUAUUGUCAUUCCUCUCACCGUGGCCUUGGUCAUUUUUCUGGUUCUCCACCGGCGCCAUAUUCGAAAGUUACGCAGCGAAGAUGCCAAUGACAGACACAAAUCACUUGACUUUGGCAUGGGAGAUGUCAACCCUCCUGGUAGGAAAGGGGGUAAGCCGAAAAAGAAGGGGAAAGCACCUCCAGAGAUGAGCAUUGCCGACACCGAGAAGACAUUAGGACGCGGCCAUGGUCGUGGAUUGUCCAUGGACAUGGAUAUGUCCAAUCCUUAUCUAUUACCCCCAGAGCUCCAACAAUCGAGAGAAUCACUCCAUUCGAUGUCCCGCACGGUGAACAGCGGAGAUGAUAAAUACCGCCCGGCGACGACUUUCAUACCUGAUGAUGGGACUACUUCGCGGGAAGGCAGCACUAGGCAUGGGGCGGAUGACUCUUCGAGCUACACUGCCUCCACCCGUCGCGUCUUUGGAGAGAAAGAGAACGAAUCGAAUCAAAGUCUUCUCCGUCACGCCCAGAGAAUGUCUCGAUCCAUGCCACCGACAAGAAGGACCUCUGUUACCUCUGCAGGCAUUGCACCAGUGACUCAGGAAUCGGAACAGUCCAACAAAGUUCCUAGAAAGCCUGUCUCACCAACGCCGCCAAGUGAAAACCUGGCACCAACAUCGUCUGAUGAAAACAGAGAUUCGUAUCGUAGUGAUGUCAGUAAAGAUGGACCCGUGGCUGGCUUGAGAAAGAGCAAUGACUAUCUUGGUGCUUUUAUUCGAAGUGGAGGCCCCUCUGCUCUUGAAAACAAGAGUCACGAAGAGAAAGGACGUACCGCUCCUACACCACCUCCCGUUGAGUCUGCGGAACAGGUCACUAAAAUUGGCAUUACCUCGCCGUCGGGGCUUGUCGCCGAACCUGAACCACUUAACUUCGACUUCCCUAAGUUUGAUAUAUCCAUUCCCACCAUCCAGAUGAGUGCACCGGAUACAGAUUCACAAGUUCCAGAAGUACCUCUGUCAGCAGAUCGCGCAAAGCCGAGGGUAGAACAAUAUGAGCAGGAUUUCGAUUAUGACGUUCGCAGGUUGACUAUGGGUAUUCGACCACUUCCUCCUGACGACCCUACCGAAGAUCCUGAACAACGAGCCAUCCGAAUCAGGUCCUUCUACAAGGAGUACUUCGAUGAUGCUAAGCCUGGGCCUGUUUACACCCAGCAAGACUACCACAUUGGCGGCGAACACCUUGACUAUGAUGGUCCAGCAUACCAUGAGUAUUCUGGCCAUUUUCGCAACAAUGGUAUUGCCUAUGCACAGCCCAUCGCAAGACGUGCGAUGACACCUCCACCUCGCGGAGCGUCGAGCUUACAAGCUUCAAGCCGGAUGGUGGCGUCCGCAUCUGGCGGACAUUUUGUGCAGGCUGGUCCCCGAGCAUACUCCUCGGCAUCUGUUCGUUUGGGUGGUUCCAAUCGAGGCCCGCCAAAGAAGAAAGCAUCACCACCGACACCCCUUCAAAUCCUUCCGACACCGCACUUGCUCAAGGAUGAUAUGUUCAUUCCUAUAGAUUUUGCCCCACCCUCCUCCUUCAAAGAGCGACGAGCUGGCACCCCAGAUAGUCUCAAAGGUGGUCUGCGGCCAUAUUCACCUGCUCUUCCCCCAGCUUUGCCGCUUGCUUCCUCAUUUGACGAUCUGGCGGUGAUGCCAAGCCCGCAUGCUCUUCGCAAAUCUGGAGCCUUCACUGCACUCGACUUUGCACCCCCACCUCGAUUCAGAUCCAGCACAGAAACCAGAAGUGAAUCCCGCAGUAUCCGAUCGAAUCAAUCCGGGAUGUCCGCAGCGCAAUUGCAUAGCAUUCGUGCUGGCGCAUAUCGUGUGAGCCGCAUUCCUCAAGAUCUGGGUGGCACCAGGCAAGAAUUUACAGACACCUUGCGACCUCAAUGGGACAUGAGAAAAUGA